AUUUUGAUAAAAUUAUUCAAGAAAAAUAUUUUAAAAUAUAAUUGAUUAUUGAAAUCUAUCGACAUACUAAAUAUUCCAACUAGAAUAUGUCCCAAUCAAAAUCCACCAAAUUUGCACAAUUAACUAUUGAAGAUGAUGAGAAAGAAGAAACGCCUCCACCGGAAGUCAAACUUUCGUUGGGUAAAACUAAAAAAGUCGUAAUGGAUCGUUUGGAUACAAUAUCUACUGCAGGCUCUGUAAUGCAUUUAAGUCUAUACGAUCGCAUAAGAAUGGAGACUCAAAAAAUUCUGGAUACAAGAUCUCAAUUGAAGAUACAUGAGCUAAUCGACAAUAAAAUAGUAAAUGUAACACCGAAACCAAUAGAUUUACCACACGAGACUGAGGGUUAUAAAAAAUUGACUCGAAAAUAUAGUGCCCCGAAAACUGAAGAUGGAUUGGACAUAAUUAGUUUUAAGAGUAUGACAAGUGCUUUAAUGAAAUCGCGUUCUUCUAGGGGAGUGGGCUUUAGAUUGUCACUAGAAGACAUAAUCAAUGGGAUUGGCAGUGAGCGCAUGCUAUUGGAUCUAGAAUCAGCUAGACAUUCUAUGGCAAGUGUUGAUUCUUCUUCUUCCUCUCAAUCUCAGUCCGAUGACCAUUUAGUAAGCAAACACAAAUUGCCAUUUAUACGCAUAGUUUUGCGUAAAACAGAGCUACAGUUACUAUAUGAACAACGCAGCAUGACAGCUAUCAAAAAUACCGAAGAUGCUAACUUUGUUGAAAUGGAUAAUAAACAAUAUGAUUACCUCACUAUUGGUAGAGGUAAAGUAAGAAGACGCUCGGAAUCAGAAGCUCAAACUUCGGAUACUCUUUACAAGUCUAGAGGAAUCAAUACUGUUAAGACAGAGACCAGAGAUGUGGCCAGUUAUGUUUCGUUUUUUGAAAUGUACGAUACUUAUAUGCAAUUGGAUGAUAUUAAAUAUGGUUUUGAUGAGUAUGAAACUAAGAAGUUGCAUAUUUCUCAAAGUCAAACUGCUGAAGAACAAUUUGCUAUGAUAGCUAAACUGCCCUCUUUUCACUUGGCCAGUGUUAUUAUAAAACGUUUACUGGCGGGAAAUACUCAUGAAGAGGGUCAAAGAAGAUUUCGUAAUAUGAUGACUGUAACCAGAACAGUGGAUAAGGUUGAUUAUAAAUACUCACUUAAACCUCUGUUUACUAUAAACCGGGCAUCCAAAGAUAAUGUACGUAAGGCUGUGUCCGACAUGAGUUUUUGCUAUACCAAUAGUGAUAUAUUGGCAGUGUCUUAUGGAAUUUAUUCCUAUCAGGCAGCUAAGUUACCUAAAACAGGAGAAGUAUGUGUGUGGAGCAUUAAGAAUCCCUGUGAUCCAGAACGUUUCUAUAACUACACAGUGCCAGUAGUAUCAGUGGAAUUUUCUCCCUAUAUGCCCACAUUAUUGGCUAUAGGCCUAUUUGAUGGUUCAGUGGAAGUAAGAGAUAUAGCUUUCUAUAAUCAACCACCAGUGGCCAUAUCUCAACGUAUUACCUCACCUGGUGUUGAUCCUGUUUUAGCCAUUAAAUGGAUUAAACAAGCUUCGGCUAAUGGCCAGGAAGAUAUUGAUCCUUUUAUAACACUUUCUCAAGAUGGCUCUGUCACACAAUUCAAUAUUAUUAAUAGUCCCUUUUUAUCGGGAUGCAAGCUAAUGACUUUGGAACGUAUUGAGGGUAUGCCGGAGGGUUUACCAAGUAUUAAGAGUUCUACGGAGUUACCGCAACAAACAAAUCGUUGUGCUCAGGGUUUGAAUUUGACAAAACAUCCUACUCAUUUGGAUAUUUAUUAUGUUCUAACCGAUGAGGGUUGUGUUCAUAAAUGCUCGACAAAUUAUCAACAUCAUUAUUUGCAAGUUUUGAAGACCCAUGAUGGUUCGGUUAAUGCAAUGGAUUUUUCACCCUGGUCACCGAAAUUGUUUUUGACUUGCGGCAAUGAUUGGUGUAUACGCAUUUGGAUGGAAGGCAUAUUCCAGCCUUUGGUAACUCUUAAAAACACCUCUGCACCCUAUCAAUGGGCUGCCUGGAGUCGGGUACAUUCUACUGUACUAAUAGCAAUUAAUCGUAAACAAUGUGAGAUAUGGGAUUUGAAACGAAAUAUUUUGAAACCCAUGUCAACAACAAUAAUUGGCAAGUCUCAUAAUACUAUGGGAAUUUUCUCCCUCAAUGGUUGUGCCAUUGCAAUUGGCACCGAACGAGGUCAAGUAGUUGUCAAUGCUUUAGAUGAGAUGCCAUUUCCACCCUAUUAUCAAUAUGAUACAUUGGAAAAUGCCAUUUAUAAAGCGGUUAGCAAUUAUCCAGAAUUGUUAAUAGAAUUAAAGAGUAUUGGUUAUUUUGGUUAUGCGAAUAAGGGGUUUGUCAAACCACCUUAAAAUGAUAUUAUUUAAAAUUGAUUUAAU